ACCCAUUACCGAGGUCACCGACCCACUGAUGAGUUAGUUGAUUGCGGCAUUGCGAUUGUGCGGGAUGACGAAGUUGCUUUUCCUGGUUAAAUUAGGCUAGGGAGCAGAUCUAUCUAUCCAUAUCUGCUAGCGCUGCAGUUUAUUCAGUCACACCACUGUUAGAUGGCAGAAGCCAAUACACCAAUGACACAUGACCCGCUGAGGCAGUAAACACCAGUAAAGUCGUCAUUGGCGAAUAUGGUCGUCUGGAUUUACUAACUCAAGGAAAAGCAAACAGCUAGGGGGCGGUGUAUAGCCAUUUCGGAAACAUUCUCCGUUAGGGCUUAUUUGAACGUAGCCGGCAACAUUUAGGCGUACUUCAACGUGGAUAGUCCUUGUCGGACUUUGUCGGAGUUUAAUUGAGGAUAAGUUGAUACAUUCAACGGAACCAUGUAAAAUUAUCAAACCCAAGAGUGUAUCUUCAUCGUGGUGGCUCAGUUACAGCAAUCAAGCACACUUUCCGGCUCGCGGAUCGUUGCGACACGUGGCUGUCUGGUUGAUGCUCAAUGGGCUUUGGAGUGUUACCAUUCUGGGAAGAUUUCAUAACUAUUUACCAAUUUGCGGAAUCGUGCUGCCUGUGCUGCCAAUUUCUUUUUCAAUUUUCGGCUUUUCAUCGACAAGCCCUUUCAAUAAUGGAGCCCUUCUUCAUACGUCGCUGUUAAAUUACUGCAAUACACGUGUGGUAUGUGAUAUAGGCUAAAGAAAUCUUCAGCAGAGUUUGAUCUGACAUUUAAUGCAAGAUUUCGGCAGAGACAUUGCUGAAUAUCCAUUUAACCAACUUUUAAGUGAUAAUGAAUUCUGGACCUGUAGAUUCGCGGGGAUACACUUCACAAUACCCGGCGAUGGAAGUGGUCUACAAAGACGGGAAAGUGAUCCCAAAAAUGUCCGAGCCGGAAAAUAUGGAUUUACCACCAAAGACUCAAAAGAAAGAUACCGUCCGUUGGAAAGAUGUGUUAUAUGAAUUUACGCAGGCUAGUACCAUCCAUGGACUCAACCAUAUCACGGAGGAUACUCCUUUCAAAUUAAGAAGAAUCAUCUGGAUUAUCCUUGUGAUAGCCGGUGCCUGCCUGUUUGUAUUACAAGUCAUGCAGAGUGUAAUAAUGUACUAUUCACGGCCAGUAACUGUCAAUGUCAAGGUCAACUACAACGACACGCUAGUAUUCCCUGCCAUCACCAUAUGCAAUCAAAACUCGUUCAGAAUCACCGAAAGUGUCCGGCAUGGCUACUACGACGUGCUAACCAAGGCAUUCGCCAGCCACCACCAUGAGGACGGCGAUGGCGGGAAGGGACACCAUGAGCCGGACGGUAGCGCAAUUUCUCGGGAGGACAAGCUGCACAAAAUGUUUGAGGAGAUUUCAAUGGCAGACGUUUAUAAUAAGACGUCUCACACUAUAGCAGACAUGAUUAUAAGUUGCCAAUGGGAUGGCAGACCCUGUUUGACCGAAGACAUCGUGAGCACAUCCACCGACCAUGGCGCUUGCAUGACCUUUAAUGGCGGGACGAGGGCUCCCAUCAAGAAAGUCACAAGAAUAGGUUCGAAUGGCGGUCUUCGUCUGCGGCUAAAUAUAGAACAAUAUGAGUACAUGAGCGGGCCAAUAGAGGGCGCAGGCAUCAAAAUAUUGCUCCACGACCAACAGGAGAUUCCAAUGGUCAGAUAUCUCGGACAGGCCAUCCCACCUGGUGCGCAUGCGCUGGUCGGGUUGUCCAUUUUGCAGGUCGGUAACUUGAAGUAUCCGUAUGGGCGCUGCAGUGAUGACAAGAAACUGGAAUAUUACAAUCAUUACUCAGUGUCAGCCUGUCUGUUAGACUGCCGCCAGAAGUAUCUAAUGAAGGCUUGUCAGUGUCGAGAUGUGUACAUGAGCUCAGGCACCCACCCGCAUCACAAUGAUACCGUCCCCAUCUGCACGCUAAACCAGUACCUAACCUGCCUCGUCAAGAACCUGGGCCUCGGUCCUUUAAUACGAAUGGGCUCCAAUGCAGGAAGGCGAGACCAUGUACGGACCAGAAUAGUUACCAGCAGGAAGGAGCUGAGAAGCGAAACUUAUCAAAUGCCUGAGUCGUACGAGAUGGAUGAAGAGGAGUGUAGCUGCCCUAUCCCGUGUAAGCAGACGAUUUACGACCCCUCAAUCACACAUGCCACCCUCUCCCAGUUCGACAGGCAGAAGAUCCUCCUGUCCAAUAAGAAACUCCGCGACAGCCUCCAAACAAAGUUCCAAGCUGCGCGGGAAACUCGGCAUCGCGUCGAUACGGAUAUCUUGAUGCAUGAUUCGGAUCUUCUGAUCCGAUUUCUGAGCGCAGCAACCAAAUUGGAAGCAACUUUUGAAGGUUUACGUCACAUGUCGACACGCAUGAUGCAAAGUUACCACGCCAUGUUUCAAGUGUGGCAAACAAACUACCACUUUCACCGCUGGGGGGCGCUCGCCAUGAUGGAGUACAUGAUAAAACAUAAUUUCCAGCGCGGAUGGGAUGUGGUGGAUGAAAGAACAUUUCGUUUCCUCACAUUCAAUUAUAAGUCCUUUAUGGCGAAUAUUGGAUUGAAUCUCCGCGAGUUGGUGAGAACGCAAAAUAUGACGUCGUCAGAAAUGCUUUCCUAUCGUGAUGUUAUCACCUGGCAAAUCAAAAAGGAUCUGGCAUUGCGAAUAGACGUGACUGAACGCGGUUUUUCCAAUAUAACAAAGAUCUACGAAGGAUACGCGCAGGGAAAGCUACUCAGUAUCUAUAAAUACACCUAUGAUGCAAAGUAUGACAGCCUUUACACGCCCCUCUGUUUAGAAAACGAUGUCAUGAACAAGCGAAAUGUGCAGUAUUACGCAGGGAUGAAAAUUCAAAUGGACGGUAUGAUAGACACUUUGAAUGGGUACAUGAACAUUACCAAUGAUGUGUGCCACGGGCACAGCAUUGACAACGGCACUUUGAAAAAGCUCAACAAAGAUUUCGAGACAUUUUCAAAGGGAAUAAACUACCGAUUGUUUAUUUAUAAGGAUCGCGUUGUAGAUUUCUCCCUUCGUGAAACAGAAGAGAAACUAAUUAAAUUCGACCAGCUGGUCUCGAAACUAGAGGAGCUUAAGCAUCAACUUGAUAUAGAGUUACAGACUCUGGGAGAUGCGCUUGCGCGGUUUCUUGACACAGACUGGGGGAAUAUGAGGAUGGCGAAACUCAUCUCCAGUCAGUAUCUCCGCGACAAAUCGGUCAAAAAGAUGAAGUUAGCUGAUGUAAUUUUGAACGAUAAAUUACAAGCGUCGGUGCUUGCGUUGAAAAAGGUUAUACCAGACGUAACGGCGCGCUCGCGCGAUCUAAAAGACACGAUCCGGAGGUUAAAGGAGGCGACAUUUAAUGUCUACCACAGCAUAAUGGCUGAUAACUGCACAAAUGUCCUCUAUGAGUAUCUCCGCAAUGACACGGACAGAAUCCGCGAAAACAGGACUUAUCUUACGCAAAUACGAAGAGUAUUCAAGGAAUUACUGAAACGUAGACCUGUCCCAGAAGGUGGGAGGGUCAUAUUGUACAGGGAAAUCGAGGCAAUGUCGGCCGAUAAGCUCGCGGAGAUCACAAACGCCAACCUUUCGACAUUAGAGGAGAAAGACGCCGAGUUGGGCGUAUUAUUUUCACGUUUCGAGCGCGUGUACGACUUCAACCGAGCUUUCAAUAACGCUGAUGUCAACUUCACUGAUGUAUUCAACGAGUUGAAGGGCGUACUGAUGGAAUAUAAAACAACUGGGAAAAUCAGCACGGACUUCCUAAGGGACAACAUCUUGAAUGUUGAUGUGUUUCUGCGAGAGUUGAGUUACGAAGAAAUCCAACAACAAAAGGCAUAUGAGCUGACAAACCUUUGGAGUGACAUCGGUGGUUCCUUGGGUUUAUUUAUCGGUGCCAGCGUCCUGACCUUGGCCGAGCUGAUUGACGUCAUCGUCCACACUUUUCUGCGGAAACAUUCGAAGAAGAAAUCCUAACCAAUGGCCAUUUGUACUAUAAGCAUACUGUGACAGCUGAAACGCGUGACUUGUAUCCAUUAUGGUUUCGCCUGCGUGGUUCUGUAUUCAAAGAGGCUAACAUGAGGAGUCGUGGCAAGGAAUGUCACGCCCCAGGCCUAAUGUGAGAUCAACAGUCCAUGUACUUGUAUAUAUGCUAGCGCAGCCAUAAGCAGAGGCACCGGAUACCUAAGGCUGACGUUACAUAGGCCACAUUCGUUCACUUCCCACAUGUCACGUUCCAGCUUUACUUAACGUUCCUCGGUGAAUGCACGGCCUUGUGGCAUGCAUUCAGUGAGGAACGAACGCAUUAAGGGGAACGUGACAUGUGGGAAGUGAACGAAUGAGGCCUAUGUAACGUCAGCCUGAAGGGCUUGGUUUUCUUCUACCACCUUACAUUGCUGCUUGAUUUAGAGCAGGCUUUGAUAUAAGCCGGGGAGUGGCUCGCUGCCUCAAGUAGGAGGCCUGGCUUUUGUUUUUUACGGUAAUUCUUUGUCAUUUUAUAUAUACUGUAAGCCGAUAUUUUGGAUCUAUCAACUUUACAAUUAAGAACAUUUUUGCCUGAAAUUUUAUUUUCAUCAUCACAUCUAUUUUGCUAUAGUUUAGAGAAAAUGCUUUGGAAACGAACUCACCGUACAUGGAAUCAGUCAAUUUGAAGUUAAAUAGAACAAAUUAUAAUCAUAGAUUUAAAUUGGUAUUUAACUUGAAGUAAUGACGAUGACUUGUAAAUGGAAUGUUUGUAAGAUAAGAACAUGACGAAACAACGAUGGCAUUGACUAACUUGAAUGCUGGACGGAAAUAUAAGAACGUGUAACUUUCCUUCCAAUUUAUGUAAUUAUUAUUUUCUUCUAUGAAAUUAGAAUAAAAAAGUAAACCUCAAAGCGA